ACAAAAAAUUGAAUGCUUCUAUCCAUUGUCUUUAAUAUUAGCAUUUAUUAGUUUAAAUUUCAAACGUACUUUGAUCAUGAGAUCUCGAGGUCGUUUUUCCGCUUGCCAGAAAGGCCCGAGGAGUUGCGAUGGAGUUUACAGUCAACAGUCUUUCAUUCACCUAGUCAGUAAGUCACUGUCUCAUGAAAGUCUUUCAUCUAUAUUCAAUUAUUUUAACAGUUUCGAGCUCGAGUAAGUUGAUAUGUAGUAAAUUUUAAAUAUCCUAUAUUUUUAAAAUAGGUAGGAAAACGUAUAUAGGCUUUUAUUUAUACAAUGUUUCGUUAUUUUCUUCAUACGUUUGUAAACACACUGUCGCGGGCAAAUUAAAGACCACACUCGCUUAUAUGAUUGGGCCUUUAGAUCUAUAUAAUAGUGGGUGCAACAAAAUAUGUAAAUGAAUUAACAUAUAUAUGAAAAAGUUAAGAUGUAUAAAUGUACCCACUCCAGUAUAUUAAGACCCAAGCCACCUGCGAGGUUUCAUCGUUAUUUACUAGGGCCUAGGUAGUUUGCUGAUUGACAAUAUACUGUUAUCACAUACACUUGUUUGUGUGAUCACUUGAGAAGUUCCAGUUUCCAUGUGAAUAUUUCACAUUUCUUGGUUCCAUCAUUUUUCCUUGAACAACAUGAAUCAGAAUCUACCAGCUGUGUACAUGAUGAUGCUUGUUUAUUUGAAGAAAACCCACCCCAUUUGCGAAACUCAACAAAUAGUAGUAACAGCACACAUGCUAUUCUUGUGAAUUGAUGGUGUCAUAAAUGAGUAAAGCAACACAAUGGAUGGAUUUAAUGAGUUUCUUAGGAUAUGCAAAACACAUUUAAAGAAACAGCCCUCUCUCAUUAAACUUAUAAAGAAAAGAUAUCGAGAAAGCAGUGUAAAAUAUCUAGAAUCAUCAGAAUUUUAUGAUAGUCUUCAUAUCACUCGUGCACGGAUUGAAAGUAAACCCAAGGAAAUAUUUCUAUACUUACGAGAUUUCUUAGAAGAUCUUAAAUCUAAUAAAGCAGAGGAAAAUGAACUGAAACGAAAACGAGACGACUCGUCUUCAUGUGCAACUGAUGAUCAUCUCCCAUCAAAGAAAUUUAAAGAAGAUGAAAAAAGUGAGGGCAAAGACUUAUUCAUUCAAAACAUUUCAAAAUCUUCCAAUUGUGCACUUGAGUCAAAACAAGUAUUGGAAACUUCAGAAGCAUGUGCUAAGUCUGCUACCUGUUUGGCCACCAAUGUAGAUUAUACACUGCCCAAGGAUGAGAAAGUUCACAAGGAAGCUCAUCCUUUUGAAGGAACAUGUGAAUCUGACUCUGAAAUCCAGAUAGAGUCGCUGGAAAGUUCAAGCGAAGAAGAAGGUUGCAAAGGAGAGAAAAUGUCAAAUAAAAAGAUAGGAGAGUCGCUGGAAAGUUCAAGCUGCGAAGAAGGUUCCAAAGGAGAGAAAAUGUCAAAUAGAAAGAUAGAGGAGUCGCUGAAAAGUUUAAGUGAAGAAGAAGGUUCCAAAGGAGAGAAAAUGUCAAAUAAAAUGAUAGAAGAUUUUGAGGUGCUUCUGAAUGAGGAUUAUUCUAAUGGCAGCACAGGUAGUGUGCUAGAAAGUUUCAAAAUCUCAAGAGCUGAAGAGGAUUCUAAUGAGCUUUGUGAUUCUACAGUAAGGGACGAAUCUUCCAUUGUAUUGGACAAUGAAGAAAAAUCCAAGGAGCAAGACACUAGGCAGUCACUAAUGACUGAAAAACUAGAAGUAGAUGAUGAUGAGAGUCCACACACACAUGAUGCUAAAUUAUCAGUAUCAUCUAGUGAGAAGUUUCUCGAAUGUGAGAGCAGAAAGAAUGUCGUAGAACGUACAAAAGUCAGUCUUUCUGAAUCUGUUGCUGAUAAAUCUCCAGACUCAACUACCACAGAACCACAAGAAAAAACUCUGAGAAAGGUACCAAUCACACCUAGUAAAUAUAAAGAUGUCUUCUUAAAGCUGAAAACAACAGUUGACAUGGUUAAGGAGAAUCUGCCAAUGUCACCAAUGCAAAAUGUAGCAUCUUCUCCGGAUAGCAGCUCAAAGAUGGAUGUGGAUAUGGGGAGUGUGGAAUUAGCGCAUACUGAAGAGAAUCCGGAUCCAGUGCAAGUUAUAGAGGAUGGUGAUGAAAAUGAUGAUAUUGAUACAAAGAAUGAAAGUAAGGAACAAGUUGAUACCAAGAAUAAAACUGAGGAACAAACAGACAUGACACACAAGGCAUUAGUACAUACUGAGUCAUAUCUGGAUCUCUCACCAAAGAUGAUUAACAAAGAACAACAUAAAAAUGAUAUGCCAGGGGUAGAAGAUUCUAGUCAGAGUGGAGAGGGAAGGAAUGAAGAUAUGGAUGAAGAUGUCUGUAGAAGUCCAGAUGUGGAUCAUCUAAGAGUUGAAGGGUUUCAAAAUGCAAGAGAAAGCCCAUUGAAAAUUGUAAGAGUAACCUCAGAAGCCGCACUGGAUGAACUGGAUUCAGCAAAGGAACAAAGUUGUGAAAUCGAAACAGCUUUGGAAAACGGAGACAAUGAAGAAAAGAAGACUGAACAGAAAGCAAGUACAGUUACCUCACAGAUGGAAUUAGACAUGGGAGCGUCGAAAGAGGAAUCGCAGAAAGAGAAGACAACAGAAGAAGAACCGUCAGAUUGUGCAGGAAUGGCUAAAAAUAAGAAAAAAGGUUCAAAGAAGCAAAUUGAAAGACUGGAAAAGUUACUCAAGGAUAUUCGAGACAAGAUAGAAGAGUUAAAGAAUGCUGAAGUGGACUUGGAUGAUGAAGAUUCAGCUUACAUCAUGGAAGAAAAGUACCAGAAAAAGUUUGUCAAGGUGUGGAAGAAGUUGUGCGAGAUCAAAGAGAGCAGCACCGAUACAGGGCGACCCUCGGAGAAGAAAUUCAAAUACGAAGGUACUCGCUAUCCAGACAUCAACAGGAAGAUUGAAAAAUUUGUGAACAAGCAGAAAUGUUUUCCUGACUAUCAUGAUAUUCGACAAAUAAUCACCAAUGUCAAUAGCAGAAAGACACUCAACAUCAAGGGAACAGCGAUCGAUCGAUUAGCCAGGGAGGCAUUUGCUGAUGUUGGGGAUCAGCUCCAGAAGAGAAGGGAGAGAGACUUUAAAUACACAUUUCUUGGACAUCUCCCAUCAGAGACAAAAAUUGUCAGGAAUGAAGACGACCCUGCCUAUGAUAACAAAUCUCUACAAAUUAGGCUGGAAGAAAACAAGAAAAUUUCAAGAAGUCGUAUGAACGAGGUAAUAGAGAAAUUUGUGAUGAAGCAGGACAAAAGAGGAGAAGAUGAGGAGGAGGAAGAAGAGGAAGAAGAUGACACACAAGAGGAUGACAUCGAGGAUGUGGAUGUUCCAGAGAUGGACCAGAUUAUUAAUGACGAAUCUCAGGAUGACAAUCUUGACAGUACUGAAAUCAGCCAAGAGGUGGAAGAUUCAAACUCACACUUAUCCAGAUCUAGUUCUGAAUCAAAUGACGAAAAACUGGAAGCUUCUACAGAAAAUGCAGAAAGAAAUAUAGAAAUGACUACGAAAGGUUCUGAAUCAAACGACGAAAAACUGGAAACUUCUACAGAAAAUGCAGAAAGAAAUGUAGAAAUGACUACGAAAGAAGUUUCGGAGCCAGAAACAGAAGAUGAUAUAAUGAUGGGAGAGAAGAACAGAAGAAAAGAUACCCCUGUCCCCCACAAACCAUUGGAGGAGGAGGAUGUUGUGUAUAUCGAUGAUGAUGAUGAUGACAAUGACGAUAUUGACUGCAACUCCAAGGCAGUUAAAGAGGACACCAGAAACAGUAAUAAGCAACCAGUUAGAUUUACAGAGGAGAAACCAGAAGAAAUUCCGGAAUUCAUAAAAACUCUUCAUUCUGAAAUAAUGUCUCAAUGCAAUUCCAUUGCUGCCAGCAUGCAUCCUACAAGAAAAAAUCUAUCUACUGCAAAGAAAUUGCCAGGCAAAAACUUUGGAACAGUUGUUGUGGAUUUUACUGGUAAAGGAAAAAAUCUUCCAGGUUACCAAGCAAAAAGCUUUGUUAAAGGAUCUAAUCCUGGUUAUCCUGGAGAGUCACGCACACCGACGCGAGGAAAGAGAAAUGAAAGUGGUGAUGAUGUGGAAAUAGUGAGUAGCAAUAUUUUGAGAUCCACCUCAGUGAAACAAACCAGGCCAUGGAAUGAACAUUUGAAGCCAGACGUGUUAGAGAAUAAACAUAAGAAAGACAUAAAGUUUAUACCAUUGAAAAACAUUAAUGCAAAACCACAAACACUAUUUAGAUCCACCCCAAGGAGCCCAACCUCAUGUGACACUCUCUCAACUUGUACAACCAGCUUUAAAAGGGGAAACAAUUCCACGUGUACUGUUGGAAGUUUGUCACAUCCAGGAGAUAGUGUAGAACGAAAAUAUGUUCCUGCGAGAACAGCACUGAGAGUUGUUAAAACUGCUGAAGAGGAUGAUGAUGAUGAUAUCAUUGUUCUAGAUUAAUGUGUUCAGAAUUCAAUUUUUAAACUCAGGUUACUUUACAUACUUUUACACCUAUGUAUGUGAAAUAUAUAUAUUUUUUUUGAAAUUCAUUGUCCAACAAAUCUUACAAAUGCCUUCAUAUAUCACAUUGUGCUAUAAUCAUGAUGGCAAAUAAAUUUAUGUGUCUGUCA